GUCUACAACAGAGGAAGAGGGCUCUUUAGUUAGUCUUCCGCUGGGUUGAGCAAAGUUGUAACGUGUGCGACUUGUGAACGGAAGAAAGAAAGCACAUUUGUGAGCUAAUCAUGCCGAUGUUCAUUGUGACCACCAACGUGGCCAAAAGUGAUGUGCCGCCGGGCCUGCUGUCCGAGGCCACCGAGGAGCUGGCCAAAGCUAUGGGCAAACCUGCGCAGUACAUUGCUGUGCAUAUCAAUCCUGACCAAACAAUGAUGUUUGGAGGAAAGGAAGAUCCCUGCGCACUCUGCUCCCUCCACAGUAUUGGAAAGAUCAGUGGUGCUCAGAACAAGCAGUACUCUAAACUCCUAUGUGGACUGCUCAAGAAACACCUGCACAUCUCUCCCGACAGGAUUUAUAUUAACUUUGUAGAUAUGGAUGCAGCCAACGUGGGCUGGAACAGCACUACCUUUGGCUGAGAUGGGGAUAACAUGCAGAAAUAUUUCUUUCCAGUAUUUUCCUACAAGUAUCAGCAUAGUAAAAACCGACAAAAUUAAAAAGCAGACACCUGGAAAUUGACUGGCCAAUGCAUAUUAUGUCCGAAUAUUUUCAUGCACUUAGCAGGAACCUUUAGAUUUGCACUGCACCUUUUCCAUUUAAAUGCAAUAAAGCAAACCUUGUGACCAUA